AAGGUAUAGGUUUAUAGUGGCUUUGCUUCUAUAUUUUGAGGGUAAAUUACUUUAAAGUACAUAUUUUUAACUAGAAGAAAAAAAGGUGUAUCCAUUGAGCUGCUUGGUCAGUCAUGUUAAUCCUCAGACUUUAAAAAAUUGCCAACCCGGGCUUUCUUACUAGACCCACCCCGGACUGACUGCAUCCACCAUUGGCCAGUCCACACCCAAGCGAAUUGGUGUGUCGUGAAGGAUGGUAUUUGGAUUCGUGAUAUAUCCCAUUUUUAUAUAUGUGACCCGUGGAAGAUAAGAGAGGGUGGUGCACCAACUCGUGGACAUGCCACGAAUCUUUUUAUUUUUGUUUUGCAUGUGAUGAUGUGUUAGAAGAGCGCGGGGAACAAGGCGAACUCCCAGAAGUCGGCGAAGGGAAGCCGCGCUCAGCCAUACCUACCUACGAUGUUCACUUGCUGUUUGUCGGAAGAAGCUAUACAGCAAAUUAGAAUAAACCAGGAAAUUGAGAAGCAGCUGAAGAGGGACAAGAGAGAUGCAAGAAGGGAGCUUAAACUACUGUUGUUGGGAACGGGAGAGUCCGGGAAGUCGACGUUUAUCAAACAGAUGCGCAUCAUCCAUGGCGUCGGAUAUACGGACGAGGAUCGGCGCGGCUUCACCAAGCUCGUCUAUCAGAACAUCUUCAUGGCCAUGCAGAGCAUGAUAAACGCCAUGGAGAAGCUAAAAAUUGAGUACAAACAACCGGAAAACAAGGAGCGGGCCGCGUUCGUCGAGUCGGUGGACCACGAGACCAUCACCAAGUUCGAGGAGCCGUACGUGUCAUCCAUUCGGGAGCUGUGGAAGGACGCGGGCGUACAGCGCUGCUACGAGCGACGCAACGAGUACCAGCUCACCGACUCCACAAAAUACUACCUUACCGACCUGGAUCGGAUAGCCGGAAGGGACUACCUGCCCACCCAGCAGGACAUCCUUCGCGUGCGAGCGCCCACCACGGGUAUCGUCGAGUACCCGUUCGACCUCGACUCCAUUAUAUUCAGGAUGGUGGACGUGGGCGGACAGCGGUCCGAGAGGAGAAAGUGGAUACACUGCUUCGAAAACGUCACCUCAAUCAUCUUCCUGGUGGCGCUCAGCGAGUACGAUCAGAUCCUGUUCGAGUCGGACAACGAGAACCGCAUGGAAGAGUCAAAGGCACUGUUCCGCACCAUCAUCACGUAUCCUUGGUUCCAACACUCGUCCGUCAUACUCUUCCUCAACAAGAAGGACCUGCUGGAGGAGAAGAUCAUGACGUCCCAUCUCGUCGACUACUUCCCCGAGUAUGACGGGCCCCAGCGUGACGCGAUCGCCGCGCGUGAGUUCAUCCUGCGGAUGUUCGUCGACCUCAACCCAGACGCCGAGAAGAUAAUCUAUUCUCAUUUCACGUGUGCAACAGACACGGAGAACAUCCGCUUCGUGUUCGCCGCCGUGAAGGACACGAUCCUGCAGCUGAACCUGAAGGAAUACAACCUGGUGUAGACGGGCCGCGCCCUGCCCGCCGGCGACACUGACGGCGAGCGAGCCAUGGAGCCCGCGAGCGCGGCGGCGCCGCUCGGCCGCUAGUCAUUGCCGAGUCGCCGAGCGCGCCGGCAGAGUCCGCGCCGCGCGAUACGCUGACAGACAGACACGCACACGCCGACACAGACAGGCAGACACGCGUACACAGACAGACACACAUACACAGACACCGACUAUGCUUUGCGCUUUCACACAUCUCGGUGACUGGGGCGUGGCGUGCGCUCGCCCCGGCGGCGCCAUCGGCACGCCGCGGCCGCUCGCGCCGCGCGCACUGCCGCUGACUCUGCUGUUUUCACACACCAUUCCGUUGGCCGCGCGGCUGCGGCACCGCGCUCUUCGAGACGCCAGCACCAGUGUAGAGGCCGGCGCUGACAUGUGCGGCCUCUCGACCCCUUGUUGCUGAUCGGUCAGUCUGUCCAGGGCCGCGCGGGUCGCCGGGCACCGCUCGCUCAUGUGGCGCGCGGCGUGCGGAUCGCGACCACAGAGGGCUCGCGACACGCGCCGAUUGGGCCGCGCGUGACGGUUGGUGCUGUGUCGGAUGGCGCCUCCGACCGAUUUCCCUUCCCCUGUCUCGAGCAGUCUCGUUUUCUGUGUGCCAAAUGUGCUUCAGUUUUGCCGCCGCCGCGGGGUGGGCCGGCGCCGGCCGGCCGCCCCGCUCCGAAUCACAGUCCCGGCCGCGCCGGCUGGCCGGCCGCCACCGCGCGCCGGCCUCCGGCUAAUUAUCCAACCGAUGCCUGCCUUGUUUUUUGGAGAUUUGUUUAUUUAUAUGUCGUGGUCCGUGGUCGUGGGCCGUCCGCGGAGCGUUUUACGUGCUGACCGAGCGGCGAUCGGCGCGGUGGCGGGCGUCGCCGCGCGCGCGUGCACUCACGCACAGGGGCCCAGGCACGCGAGCGCGCCUCUGCGCACGGUCACAGAGCCCGGGCCGCAGGGGGCGGCGCACGCCGCGGCGGCUGUGCGGCCGCCGCCGGCCUGGGAGCCGGCGCGAGUGUGUGAUAGGGAGAAGGGCGGGCGACCGACGGACGGCGCUGCCCGCGGCGCCGCACCGUCCGGCCGGCCCGACUGUCUCAACCAAAUAUAGCCCACUGUGCGCCGCGCCCAUUACUCCCUUUUGUAACUUGCGACCCACUUGGUUACUGUAAUACGGUUUUGUAUAACUGGCCUAUAUCUGUGUUGCUGAUUCGUCCAGUGGUCUGCGUGGGCCUGCCGACUGGGCGGACGGCGGGCGCGCCUGCGGACGGGGCCCGACCGGCGGCGCGCGGCGUCCUCUGCCGGGCCCCCGUCACCGCCCGCGGCCGGGCCGGGGCCCGCUGCACAGUCUCUCCCCCAGUGCAGGCCGGACCAGCGGCGUCCGGGCCCCGGCCCGCGCGCGGCCGCUCCGCUCAGCGCUGCCGCCGGCGCCCUGUCGCCGCCGCCGCGCACCGGGCGACGCGGUCAGCUGCGCCAGCCGGCCAGCCAACAUUAUCGUAUUGUUAGCUGCCAAGCUUUGUAACUACCUACUAUGGAGGGUCUGUGUUUAAGAAAAUUAAUAUUUAUUGGACGUGUGUUUUGAUGUGACGGAGCGUGGUGCCAGCGGCGCCGAGCGGCGCUGGCUGCCGGCGACGCGGUGAUCUAGGCAUCUGUGCUGAAGAAAGCUGCUCCUCUCGAGCUGAGAAUACAUGCGUUUUCGCCAGGGAA